AGCACGCAACGGCUGGUUCAGUCCGCUAGCAGUAGAAUCCGUUGCCGAAGUUUCAGGCCAGUGCACCUAGCAACGGCGCAACGGUCACUGGCUGGUUUGGUCUGGUCAUUUUGCGUUGACAAAAUGCUUGCCCAGAUUUAA